AUGUCUACUAGUCCAUUCACCAUCGUUAGUCUUGCUUUAUUUGGAUUUAUUUUAAAUCCAAUAUGUAUGAUCGAUAUUUGUAAUAAUAAAUCGAAUGGUUUUUAUACUAAUUAUACAAAAAAUAAUGAAAAUGGUGCUUGGUUUUCUAUUCAAUUAUUGACAAUACCAAAUAAAACAUAUUAUUAUUCAUGCUCAUAUCUUCUUUUAUUAGAUUUACAAGCAAAAGAAUGUAAACAUUAUUCACAAGUACAAUGUGGUAAACGAUUUGAACCAAAAGAUGCUUGCGAUUAUCGUCAUCCACAAAUAUAUAAUUCAAUAGAUAAAAGACCCUGUUGGCUAACACCAAGUUGUCGUCAUAAAGAAAAUGGUCUUUAUGGACAUAAAAUACAAGAAUGUUCGUCUUAUUAUGAACGUAAAGAUAAACGUUUUGUUAGUUCCAUAAAAUGUCCAACAAAUAUGCGUUUUUCUGAUAAAUAUAAAAUAUGUUUAUUUACAUUAUUUAAUUGUAAAAAUAAGACUAUAUAUCAAUUUUAA